AACAGUUAUAAUUUCAAAAUGGCUGUCAAGAUCUGCUUGUUCCUCCUUGGACUACUCUGUCUGGCUGCCGGCAAACCAUUGUGCCCGAAUGCGAUGUAUGAGCCCAUGGGGGGUAUGGGGGGUAUGGGGGGCAUGACCGUCUGUGAAACAAUUCCAACGCCGCCCAUGUAUUAUGGUUAUGGUGGCAUUGGCAAUAUGGAAAUGAUGCCCUACGGAUAUCCUGGCUACGGAGGAUACCCCCCCAUCGGUGCAUAUGGUCGAGGCUACGGGAACGCUGGCCUCGGUAUCGGUGGAGGCUUAGGUUUAGGCCUCGGCGGGGGCUUGGGCCUCGGCGCCGGCCUCGGCGCCGGCCUCAACGCCGGACUCGGCGCUGGCCUUGGUGGCGGUUUAGGGGUGUUUUAACAUCUAGAGGAAAAAUUAGCAGCGAAAU